AUGCCGUCAGACACGUUCCCUACUGCUCAGACCGGCAAGACUGACGCCAACUCCCAGCCGAAACCUGCUAGCGAAGCAGCUCAGCCUCAAGGCGCGAAGCUUUUCGCAGCCCACAACGCGCACCCAGGCCCGGUCAUCCCUCAAAGCAUGCCGGAGCAAGAAGGGACUAAGGAAGAAAGGCAAGCCAAGGCUAAAGAGUUGAACAAAUAG